AUAGAUCAUAGAAAUACAAAAUCCCAGUCUUUUGACUUUCUUCUAUAUAUCUUCCUCCUGUCUUCUUCCCUAAAACAAAGCCCUCUUUGAACUUCAACUUCUCCUUCAAUCUAGCAAAUUUUUUUCUCUAAAUUUUGUCCCUUGUUCUUGUUUUGGUUCAAUCCAACAGGAAAAUGAUGAUUUGGAGAAGUAAAACCCUAUUUCUUCUUGUAAUUUUGGGAAUUUUUUUGACCCAAAUUGAAUCUCUAAGAUUUGAACUGGAAUCGGGUCAUACAAAAUGCAUAGCUGAAGAAAUCAAGGGUCAUUCCAUGACUGUUGGCAAGUAUCACAUCGUUAAUCCAAAUGAAGGUUAUCCUUUGCCUGAUACCCACAAAGUCACCGUCAGGGUAACGUCUGCACAAGGGAAUAGCCAUGCCCAUCACUACGCGGAAAAUGUUCAUGAGGGGCAUUUUUCUUUUGAGACUGCGGAAGGUGCAGACUAUCACACUUGCUUUACUGCUGCUGAUCACAAGCCUCCGGUUAAGUUGACUAUUGAUUUUGACUGGAAAAGUGGCGUUGCAGCUAAAGAUUGGACAAAUGUUGCCAAGAAAGCCUCUGUUGAGGCAAUGGAAUCAGAACUAAAGCAUAUGCUUGAGAUUGUUCAAGGUGUCCACGAUGAAAUGUUUUAUCUCCGAGAAAGGGAAGAAGAGAUGCAGGAACUGAACAGAGAUACCAGCUAUAAAUUGGCUUGGAUGACUGGUCUAUCGAUUCUUAUAUGUUUGUCUGUGGCAGGUUUGCAAGUGUGGCACUUGAAGACUUUCUUUGAAAAGAAGAAACUUAUAUAAGUUAUUCAGAUUUCAAAAUUCACAGUUUCUGCUGUACAAUUUUUUUUGGCAUACACAACUUAGUCGAAAAUUGACUCAAAUGUGUAAUAUUUCUAGACUAUUUAUUUGUCAAUGAAAACCCUUUUAGUUUGAUUACUAGUGGCCCUCUCCCAACCAUCAGAAAUAAAGUGCACUGUUUUUUGGUCUUA